AGAUCUUGCUAGGAUAAACACCAUUUUAGCAGCAUAUUUUAAUUAUAUUCACCAGCUUCAUUUUAUUAAACUAGCUACAGUAACAAAAAUUCACACAGUUGUAAGAAAAAUCUAAAAAAUGGAGAUAACCCCUUCAAAUCUAGAAGCCAUGUCAGGCUAUCUACAGCAGACACUUUCACCUGACCAAGAUAUUCGUCGCAAUGCUGAAAAGUUUUUGGAAUCAGUUGAAGGCAACAAGAACUAUCCUUUGUUACUUCUCCAUUUAAUGGACAAAGAUGGGGCUGAAUCUCACAUUCGUGUUUCAUCUGCAGUCACUUUCAAGAACUACGUGAAAAGAAAUUGGAGAAUAAAUGAGGGUUUUCCAGACAAAAUACAUGCAGAUGACAGGGAGGCUAUCAAACAAUACAUUGUUGGCUUGAUGCUUAAAAGUCCAGAACAAGUUCAAAAACAGUUGAGUGAUGCUAUCAGCAUUAUUGGCAGGGAAGAUUUCCCCAAGAAAUGGCCAGGACUUCUUGCAGAAAUGAUUGCCAAAUUUGAAACUGGUGAUUUUAAUGUAAUUAAUGGUGUUCUUCGUACAGCACAUUCUAUUUUCAAAAGGUAUCGACAUGAAUUUAAGUCACAAGAGCUGUGGGAAGAAAUCAAAUUUGUUUUAGAUAAUUUUGCAACUGCUUUAACAGAAUUAUUCAAGGCUACAAUGGACCUUGCCACUCAACAUGCCAAUGAUCCUAAAGCUUUGAAAGUUAUAUUUGGUAGCAUUCUACUCAUCUGCAAAAUUUUCUACAGUUUAAAUUUCCAAGACCUACCUGAACAUUUUGAAGACAACAUGAAGGUCUGGAUGGAUUACUUUCUUGCUCUUUUGAGCGUUGACAAUAAGUUGCUUCAGACUAGUGACGAGGCUGAGGCUGGCCUGUUGGAACAGAUCAAAUCUCAAGUCUGUGACAAUGUUUCCUUGUAUGCUCAGAAGUAUGAUGAAGAGUUCUCUCCCCACCUACCAGGCUUUGUCACAGCUAUUUGGGGGCUAUUGAUUAGUACUGGACAAGGAGUCAAGUUUGACUUGCUUGUGAGUAAUGCAAUCCAGUUCUUGGCCUCAGUUGCAGAGCGCCCUGCAUACAAAGGUCUUUUUGACAACAUGGAUACAUUAGCUAGCAUCUGUGAAAAAGUUGUUGUACCGAACAUGCAACUUAGAGAGGUUGAUGAGGAAUUGUUUGAAGAUAACCCAGAGGAGUACAUGAGAAGAGAUAUUGAUGGUUCAGAUGUGGACACGAGAAGGAGAGCUGCUUGUGACUUAGUUCAGGCCUUGUGUAAAUCAUUUGAAGGGCCUGUCAUUCAGAAUUUCUCUCGUUAUGUUCAAGCUUUAUUGGAGGACUAUGCUAAAAAUCAUAACACAAACUGGAAAAGCAAAGAUGCUGCUAUCUUUCUUGUUACUUCUCUAGCUGCCAAAGGACAAACACAAAAACAAGGGGUUACACAGACAAGUGAACUAGUGAAUAUCACAGAAUUUUACCAAGCUCACAUCCUACCUGAUCUCAAAUCUAACAAUGUGGAUGAGAUGCCUAUCUUGAAAGCUGAUAUUAUCAAGUAUUUGAUGGUUUUCAGAAAUCAGCUUCCAGCUAGUGUUAUUCAGGCUUCUGUCCCAGAUCUCUUAAGGUUUAUACGCUCUCAUCAAGUUGUUGUUCACACCUACGCAGCACUAGCUCUUGAAAGAUUGUUUAUGGUGCGUCAUAACGGAGCUGCAGUCAUCACCUGUGAUUUUGUCCACCCUAUGGCAGGAGAAUUAAUGACCAGUCUCUUUGCUGCUAUGGAAAUGCCUGGAUCAGCAGAAAAUGAAUACAUAAUGAAAGCUGUAAUGAGGAGUAUGUCACUUUUACAGGAUCAUGUGUUGCCCAUGAUUCCACAGCUCCUUGUUGGGUUGAAGUCAAAACUUCUUCUUGUCAGCAAGAAUCCCAGCAAACCCCACUUUAAUCACUACUUGUUUGAGUGCCUGUGUGUGGCCAUAAGAUCUUCAUGUAAAAAUCAUCCAGAGGCAGUAACUUUGUUUGAAGAAGCUUUAUUUCAGCCAUUUACAGACAUACUCCAACAAGAUGUGCAAGAGUUUAUCCCCUAUGUGUUUCAAAUCCUCUCCAUGUUGAUUGAGCAACACUCUGGACAAAUUCCUGAAACAUACAUGGCACUUUUCCCCCACCUUCUUGCCCCAGUCUUGUGGGAACGUCCAGGCAAUAUUCCACCACUGGUUCGCCUCUUACAAGCUUACAUUCACAAAGGCUCUGGUCAAAUUGAAACUGACAAAUUGAACGGUUUACUUGGAGUUUUCCAAAAGUUGAUAGCAUCAAAGAGUCAUGAUCAUGAAGGAUUUUAUUUGUUGAAUUACAUCAUAGAGUUUAUGCCAAAAGAAAAUGUUACACCAUACACCAAACAAAUUUUUCUUCUGUUAUUUCAACGUUUAAGUAACUCCAAGACAACAAAGUACAUUAAAAGUCUGUUGGUCUUUUUUUGUUUGUAUGCAGUGAAAUAUAGUGCAUCAUCUUUAAUUGAAAUCAUCGAUGGAAUUCAGCAAAAAAUGUUUUCCAUGGUUAUUGAACGACUUUUCUUACCAGACUUACAGAAAGUCUCAGGAACCACAUCAAAGAAAAUCUGUGCAUUUGGUGUCACUAAAAUUCUCACAGAAGCAGAUGCAAUGCUUUCUGGUGACUAUGCUUCCCUCUGGCCACGACUUCUUCAAGCUUUGAUUGGUUUGUUUGAGUUACCUGAGGACGAAUCUGUACCAGAUGAUGAACACUUCAUUGAGAUUGAAGACACGCCAGGCUACCAGACAUCCUACUCUCAGUUGGCUUUUGCAGGAAAGAAAGAUCAUGACCCACUAGCUGGAUUAGCUGAAGAUCCCAAGAUCAACCUUGCUAAACACUUGCAAAAAAUAGCCACUCGUUGUCCUGGAACGAUUAAACCUCUGAUAAAAGCUGGAAUGGAGGCUAAAGCGCAAGAGUUUCUUGACCAGUAUUGCCAGUUAGCUAAUAUUAGUCUGGUGUGAAACACAUUUAUGACGACUUGUUAUUGCUGAUAUAAGGUACCCAAAGUUUGAAGUUUGUUACCGGUACUUGAGUGACUUGUAAGUCAGACACCUUGUAAUCAUUCUGUAAAAUAUAUGUUGUAUAUAUUUGGUAUGGAUAUGAUAUGCACCCUAUUCCCUACUAGUGUGGAAGGUUGGAAGCAUAUUGCCCAUACACACUGUUAUAUGCUGAGAUCAGAUCAAGGAAAAGUCCAGUGAUUACAAAUGUGGGGAGUUGAGUUUAUUUAGUCUGCCACUAGUGUUCACACCUGUUAUCAUACUUUAAGAUAACCUUGUAAAAAAAAGAAUAUUUUUACUAACAUUCACAUUUGGUUGGAUUUCUUUCUAAAUUGCUAAAAUCUAACCCUGUAGAGAAAUAGAUGCAAUACUUGCCGCCUGUAAAAAAAAUUGACUGUUGUUUUGUAUUUGUAAAUGCUCCAUCUGGGCUUUUGUUAUAUUAAAAUUCAUUUUGUAAAUAAAUGUUCUGCAUCAA